AUGUCGGCAGCAGCUGGACAGAAAAAGGGACCCGGCAGGCAGCGCAAGUGCGGCUUCUGCAGAUCCAACAAAGAUAACGAAUGUGGGCAGCUACUGCUUUCUGAAAACCAGAAGGUGGCAGCACAUCAUAAGUGUAUGGUAAGUGCUCCCAAACACUGCUGGAAGCUGCUCUUAGGGCAGAACACUGCUGCAGUGGGCUAAGAGAAGUUUGACAGGUGGGAGGGGGUACUUGAGGCUUCCUCCACCCUGAUAAUUCUCCCCUCAAUUGCCCCUCAUUGUUAUUUUUAGUGUGAUUCCCCCCCCCCACAGGCAGGCGUCAACAUUGUUGAAUUCAUAGGACUGAUGUCCAAGUAAGCUUAUGCAUAGGAUCAUACUGCCCAUUAAAACGCUUUAGAACAGAACAUUAUAUAUUCAUAACUUCCUAUAGUACUGCAUGUUAAGAAACCUCUCUCUAAUGUAGAAGUUCUGAUAUUGUCUUUAAUUUAAUCAGUCCUGAAGUCACAAUUAGCUCGUUCUCUCUUUUGGUCUCUUUUUAGCUUUUUUCAUCUGCUUUGGUAUCUUCACACUCUGAUAAUGAGAGUCUUGGAGGCUUUUCCAUUGAAGACAUUGAAAAGGAAAUAAAAAGAGGUACCAAGCUGGUAAGAUGGCAUUUCUAGCUCUUGAAAGUGAAAAAGCUCAACUCGAAAUGAAAUUUUGUUCAGUAAGUUGAUAAAACUACCAGCAGAGAAGCAGCAGUGCCAGUUUCCAGGAAGGUCUCACUGAAAUCUUGUGAGCUCUUCCAGAGAUUGUGAGAUCUCACAAGGUUUUGCUGGAAGGUGAUACCACUGCCAGCGCUUUGCACCAGCAUGCAGUGCAAGUAAGAGAGACAUGACGUGGGCAGCAGGAAGGGGGCAGCACAUUGCCAUUUCAUCUCCAGUUGCAAAACGGGAUGCAACACCCCUGGGUCAUUCUGCUCCAUCCUGUGAAUGUAUUUUCUGGCACAGCAAGGUCUAGGGAGCUUUAAAGUGAAUUGCCACUGUUCUUGAAGAAACCCCCUCCUGUGUGUGUGUGUGUGUGUGUGUGUGUGUGUGUCUAUACCACUGCACUGUAAUGUAUUUGUGUAGAAAGCUGCCAUAGGAGAACAGCUACUGCAACAAAACAGUGUUUGGAGGAGGCAAACACUCUCUUAUGCUGCUUUUGUGCUCAACAGUAGUUUUGCAGCUGUUUUCAGUAACAGAAUUGUCUGCAUUGCCAAACAUCUGAUCUUGAAAAGAAUUUAAUAGAAGUUGUUUUGUACACCGAUAAGUUUCCUAAAGUGAUUGGAUUGUGUUGCAAAUCAUGGAUUAAUUCGGCAGCUACUUAAAUACAGACUGUUUCACUUCUUGCCUAAUAUACAAAGCUAGUUGUAUUUGGGGCUUCUGCAUUUCCUCUUGAUUUCAGUGGAGUGUCUGAAGAUCAUGUGUGUGCCAGAUAGAUACACACAGUGUAACUCAGAAGUGUAGCUUUGCUACUUAUCCGAGUUAGUAGGUGAUAUAUAAGUGUAGAAUAUCUCAGAGUCUAAUGGCACCUUAGACCAACAAUGGCAUAAGCUUUCAUGGACCAUAGUGCUCAAAAGCUAUUAUACCAUAAUUAGUUGCUUUUUAAGGUGCCUUUAACUUGUGUUUUUGCUGUAACAGACUUAACAUGGAAACUGAAGUACAGUAUAAUCCCUGUCUAUUCGGACUGAAUACACAUUUCCUCUGCCUUUAAUUUGGUGCAGCUUCCUUUUCACAUUCUAAAGUAUCAUGCAACAGAAAUAGCAGUACCAAUUCAGUGCAAUAAGCUUCCUUUCCCUCAGUUCUGCUCUAAUCGCUUUUGCUGGUAAGAAGAAAGGUUCCAAAUGUGUGUCUUUUUCCUGCUUUCAGAUGUGCUCCUUAUGCCACUGUCCUGGAGCAACUGUUGGUUGUGAUGUAAAAACCUGCCACAAGACUUAUCACUACUAUUGUGCGUUGCAUGAUAAAGCUCAGAUCCGAGAGAAACCUUCUCAAGGCAUUUACAUGUAAGAACCACUUGCAUUUCUCCACCAUUAAAGGAACCAACUUUCGUACUUAAGCAGAGAUUUUCUGAGGUGGAUUUCUUUCAGUGCAAAGUGCCUUGAAGUCUUGUUAGUGACGGUAUAGUUCUAAGCAGAUAUAAAAGCUUUUCCUUUGUGGCUGACUUUGCUCUCUCCAAUGUUCUAUCCCUAGGAUAUUAUGUCGAAAACACAAGAAAGCACCACACAACUCUGAAGGUAAAAUUAUUCAUAGCUCAUUGUUUUAAGUAGUUCUGCAUCAAAUAGUACACGCUUUCCAGUCAAGAGAAAAUAGGAUGAGGGCAGAAGCAUAUUAAUAUGAAAUAAAUUACUCUUUGAGUAAACCUUCCUUGAUCACAAGUAUAAGCAAAGAAGAGUCCUUAAACAAGCCAAAAGCCAGCUCAGCUAAUCAGGGUUUGAGCCAGAAUUCCUGGGUCCUAUGACAUGGCAAGUCACUAUUCUUCUAAAGUGACACUAAUCUCUGCUGAAGUGGUAGAAGGAGGAGAAUGGGAGGCUUGUCCACGGAUCACUAAACCAGAGCUUUCCAAACUGUGUCGUGACACACUAGUGUGUCAGCUACAGUGUGUGGGUGUGUCGAAUGAAUGCUCCCCACACUUCUCACCAGGCUAGAAAGGGGUUAGUUUAACCUCCAGUUUGCUAGCAAAACUGAAUUACUGUGUCGCAAAAUGAUGCAUGUCCAAAAAGUGUGUCACCAACGUGAAAAGUUUGGAAAGCUCUGCACUAAACCAUAGCAUAGCAUUGCCUCUGAAAACUGAGGUUGCACAUGGGCCUAUCAUCCUCUCUGAAUUUGUCUUUUAAUGCCAUUUAAGCAAUCAGCACAUCUUAUUCUAGCAACCAGUAGCACAUUGUGUGAUGGUCUAGUAUUAUGGGAGUAGGAGGAAAAAGUUCUCUUCACACUUUCACUACUAUUUGCAAGAGUUUAUAAACCUUAUGAUGUGUUGCUUUCUUUCUGAACUAAAUCCUAACACUACAGAGACGAGUUUCUCAAAGUUUAUCUGCUGGUGUGGUGUCUAGCUUUGUUUCUGAUUUGAAUGCAUUAAUUUGCACACUAAUGUUGUAAAAAAAAAAAAGGAAUUGGCUGUGUAUAACAUGUUCCAUAAAGCGAGAUGAGCGCCGCAACCCCAGAGUCGGUCACGACUGGACCUAAUGGUCAGGGGUCCCUUUACCUUUACCUAACAUGUUCCAUUAUCUGGCCUAAAUUCCACUGUGAAUUCUAACCUGUCUGCACACGUGGAAUUACUUUUCCCUCAAAAAUACCAAAAAGGCUGUUCCCUCAGCCUUUGGUGUGUUCCCUCACUAUUGGUUGUUCCCUCACUAUUGGUGUGUGGCUGAAGUUGGGCUCAUUGAAAAAGUGUCCACAUUUUUAAUCAAAACUCCAUGAGCAGAGUGUGCUUUGACCUCUAGAGAAAUGGGAGCCUGCAUGUUUUCUUGUCUCAAAAGACUUAUUAGCAAGAACAGAACAACAAUCUAUUCAGUGUACAGUACAUUGAACAAGCAGAAUAAGCAAGCCCUAAUGGUUUGAGUAGACAUUCUAAUAACUGCACUGUUUAAUUCAAGGAACACUGUAAGAAAAUACUUGUUUUUGCUCUUUGGCUGCUUAUUCUGGGAAUCUGUUAUGUAUAUUCAGAAGUAAUGGGAGAAGUGAACAUGGGAGAACUUUAGCCGUAUCAGUUCCUCCCUUCCUAUAACUGGAAGUGAGCUUACAUAAGUUAUUUGGAACUUGCUUUCCCAGGUUAUUGUGAUUAUGGCAGUGGGGAACAUUGGGGUCUUAUAACACAGGUUUUCAAAUAAUUAAAAAGUAGCCUGGGUUUAGCCCAAUAAAUUGCUGCUGCCGUGUCAAAGCAAGCCCUGCUUUCCUCCCCAGGCAAUCUUUUGUGCCAGUGGGUGUGUACCCUACAGGAGCUUGUGAAAAACCAUUCUAGCCUUUUUAUGUGUGGGGGUUUUCUUCCUUCAGAUUUAGGAGAAGGUUUAAAUGAACUAAAUGAGUUGGAAACAUCCCCUCCCAAAAAGAAGGGGCGCAAAGGAAGGCCCAGAAAAUUGAGUCUCAAAGGGCAGCCAGAAGAUACUCGAUCCACAUCUUCACAUGGCACAGAUGAUGUAGAAAGCAGUUCUUAUGUAAGUGCCUUCUAUGUUUGUUUAUAAACCUCUCAAAGAAGUCUAGGUCUCUUUUUUAUAAUGAACUUACUUUGUUGCCUUGUGUUGAAACCAUAUUUCUUGCUCUGGCACAUUUUAGAAAAGUUUUUUUCUUCCAGAGAGACAGAUCGCCACACAGAAGCAGCCCCAGUGAUACAAAACCUAAAUGUGGAUUCUGUCAUGCAGGUGAAGAAGAAAAUGAAGCUCGAGGGAAGCUUCAUAUAUUCAAUGCCAAAAAGGCAGCUGCACAUUACAAGUGCAUGGUGAGAAAAGUCAUUUUGUCCUUAUUCUCUGGGAGUUCAAACAUUUUCAGUGAAACUUUUCCCAUGACAUAGUAUCAUAAGCUGGAUGUCCACCUCCUCAGAGCUUCACAUUAAUUUGAAAUAUAGCCGUCUACCAGCCAGGGCUUGCACACUUCACGGUGCCACCUAGUUUAAUGACAUAAAAAGUGCUUCAGGGUCAAACAAAAAGUUCAUCUAGUCCAGCAUCCUCUUUCCCAUAGUUACCAGCCAGAUGUUUCCAAGAUGCCUUUAUAAACAAGCCUUGAAGCCAAGACUUAUCCCCUCACUGUGUACUGCCUCUGAACCUAUAUAGCUAGCAUACUUAGUAGUCAUUGACUGAUCUCUUUUCCCCUCAGUGAAUGUGCCCAUACCCCUUUUAAAGCCUCAGCACAUCGCCAUCUGCCUGUCACAUGUCCUUUUUUGACGUCCCACACAGCCAAGGUUUCCCACAUUCCUAAUAUUUUGCCUCUCCUUUCUUCCUAGCUGUUCUCUUCUGGCACUGUACAAUUGACAACAACUUCAAGGGCAGAGUUUGGUGAUUUUGAUAUUAAAACUGUACUUCAAGAAAUCAAACGAGGGAAAAGAAUGGUAUGUCCUUCUUGUCUGAGCCUGACCUAUCCACCCACCUGCCUCUUCUCCAAAGAGCUGAGUGCUGCAGACAUGAUUCCUUGCACCCUUUCUUCUCACAGCAACUGUAGACUUGAGAACAGUGACUGACCCAAAGUGACAGAAUAAGCUUUGUAGUAAAGCAGAGGUUUGGAGCCAAGUCUCCCCUGGUCUCUCACAUUAGCCACUACUGCCGAUAGAAAGUAAUGCAUGUUGAGCGGCUGUAUCUACUUUUAAAAGUUUUAAUAACAUGAAUUCCCCAGCAAACUGCUUGCAUGCUGUUGAAAAAUGUUACCAGAAAUGAGAACUUUAAGAAUAUGAAAUUUAUUGUGAAGCAGGAAGAUAUAGAUUAAUACCUCUCUCUCUCCCCCCUACCCCUCUCUCUCUCUGUGUGUGUGUGUGUGUGUCUCUGUCUCCUCCCUCUAAUGUCUCUGUAUAACAGAAAUGCACCCUUUGUAGUCAGUCUGGUGCAACUAUUGGAUGCGAAAUCAAAGCCUGUAUCAAGACUUACCAUUACCACUGUGGAGUGCAAGACAAAGCAAAAUACAUUGAGAACAUGUCACGAGGAAUUUACAAGUAAAUGCCAUUCUCUUUUACUUUGCCACACACUUUACUGGAGCAUAGGGCAGGCUGGCCAUGGGGUUAUCAUUUCUAUGUAGUUGAACUGAUGUGAAUAGAGAGGCAUGUAUGUUUUGGCCAACAGGAAACUCACAUGAGGCAGUAUAUUUCAAUUUGUUCCACUGAAGACUGUAGACUUCUUCACUAUGCUUAACGAAGAAUAAUGUUUCCAGUAAGCGUUCUGUUUUGAAAUUAGCAAGUCAUUCUGCCAAAGUUAAACUUGUAUGUUUUAAUGUAUUAAAAAGCAUGCUUUUGAAAUGUUGCUCUACAACCAUGUUCUUUGUGUUCCUAAAUGUAGUGCAGGGGUGGGGAGUCUGCAGUCCUCAGUUGUAGGUGGCUUCUAACUUCCAGCAACCCUGCUGAGCAUGGCCAGUGGUCAGGGGUGAUGGGAGUUGUAGCCUAGCAACAUCUGGAGAGCCACAGGUUCCCAACCUCUGAUUUAGUGGGUCUGUAUUAAUAGCGUUUUCUGUACCUGGGAUGGGGAACCUGUGACCUUCCUUGUAGCUGAACUACAACUCUCAUCAUCUAUUGGCCACGCUGGCUUGAGCUGAAUUGAGUUUACUUACAUCUGGAGGGCUACAAGCUCCCCACUCCUGUUUAUAAUUAGCUGAAUAGUUCUUAUGCAGUUAUUUCUUCGCGCGCGCCCCUCCCAAAGCAAAUAGCAAAUGGAAGCUGAGAAGGGAUUUGCUGAAAGUGAUGGCCAAAGUGAGAUGACAGCACAUCAGGCUGUUUGUCCAGCCCAGUGUUGUCUCUCUGGGAGCUCAGGCCAUCACUUGCCUUCUGACCCUUUCUAGGUGGUUUCAACAUCAACUGCAGUUUCCUAUGACAGUUCUUCUUACGGAUGACUGCUCUCCAGCACCCCAGGUUCACACCCAAAUUGCCUAAUGGCCUUAUUGCCAUUGUGUCUGACCCCAAAGGUUGGUCACAAAGUGGCAUUUCCUAAACAGUGUGGUGCAAGUUCUGUCUCUUCAGAUUUGGUGGUUUGGCUUCAUGUCGCCUUAUUUGUUUUUCCUUCUUUGAGUGUCUUAGCUUGAUUUACCUGGAAAGUGCCUUCAGACGUCUUGAGCACAGUCUUGUUGGAUUGCUUUGCAGUGCAGGGAGGAUAGAAUGAUACUUAGUUCUGGCUUUUUGUGCCCAACUGAUUCAGUUAGUUCCUCCUAAAGAAUUUGCAGUAUUAGGAACCUGGAAGGAAAGCCAUGGCCAAUGGAUUGAGUUCAACACGUGCUUUUCACACCCAAAGACAGCAUCUUAACAAGCAGUGGUGUGAAGCAGAAAAGCUCCCACAAAGCUUUCAGCUGCUAUGUAUUUUUUGUUGGGACUUGGAAAAAACAUAUUCCCAAAAUAAAAUUAAUUAAUAAUAGAUUUUUAGUUGUAUGCUUAUUGCUAUUGUUAGCCAUGCUGGGAACAAGAAUACGUACUGAAGUAUUCAUUGGGGGUAUACAUUAUGUAUGUAAAUAAAUAUAUCUGUACAUGGACAGCUUGAGAAUUGUAGUGAACUUUAUUCAGGUGGCUGUGAUAUAUAUGUGUGUGUGUGUGUGUGUGUGUGGCGCGCGCACCAUGUUAGAAUUAGUACUCUAAUGGUUUUUGGUGCCUUCAUUCUGCCCCCCCCCCCAGCUCCUUAAUUUAAGCCACAUAAACUAACACAUGCCAUGAGUUGACAUGGCUUAUAAUAUUUACAAGUGUUUCAGUAAAAUGUGUUUUAGAAAUAAGCUUUGAAUUGGAUUGAGUAUAACGCAGAGUGAUCAUUUUUGUAUCUAAUUAAAAGUAAGAUUCAUUAGGUUGUUUCUGUACACAUUUGAUGAAAAAUAAGUCCCAUUGAGUAAAGGAGCCAUUUACUUCUGAAUAGACAUGCUUGGAUUGGGCUAUUAGUGUAGUUCAACAGUGCUUAUUUUUCUCCCUAAUCAAAUAUUCCAGUACAAAUAUUUUGGCUACUGGAAAAUCUUGAGAGAUUUUAAAUAGCAUAUAAAAUUUAAAUGCUAUACUUCUUUUAGUUUUGUUGAUUAAAUCAGUGCUAAGUAAGUGCUAAAUGAGAUUCCAGUAGACAUAGGGCACUGGAAAAUUUUCAGGAAAAAAAGAUUUAAAAUAAUGUACAUUAAUUUUAGUUGGUUAACUUUGAGUAGGACUUGUCUGAAUACCAAAUAGAUGCUAGAUAUUUAUUGUCUCCAUUUCACCCGUUAUAUGCUACUGAAUACUGAACAGAGAUGAAUACUUUCCACACUCCCUUAUGUAACUACCCAAAUAAAUGGCAAUGGUCCAUUGUAUUUCACAAUUGCAUAUUAGGCUUUUAGAUUAGCCUGGCUGCUCUGAAGGGGUUAGGAAUUAUUGUGGGAUCUGCAUGUGACCUUAUCUCUAUGUAUAAUAGACCCAUGAAGGACCAGCAAGAACUGGAUUAGCACAGAUUUGGUCAAACACUCCAAAGUCUUUUUAUUCUCUGGACAGUAGUUUGGUGGAAGAUAUUUUGCUGCAAGGGAAGAAAGGGAUUUGGUCAAAUUCAGCCUCACUACUAAUACCUUCAGAGAUCAGUCCCAUCCUACUCUCCCCCCCCCCCAUUAGCUUUACAGUGAUUGAGGAACCUUAGCCCCAUUUAUUGAUAGUUGGUGACAACAGCAAGGAAGCAAUGCACAAGUGAGAGACACGAUAGCCUUGCCCAUCUCAAAGUUAGAACCACUAAAUCUGUUUGGCUUGCCCUAAGAAUAUUUACCCAUUCAUUUAGGUUAUUUAAAACAUUUCUAUCCCUGGUCUUAAAUUAAACAUUUUCAGGUUGGUUUUACAAUAGCUCAUAAAACGCAACUGGUGGAAUACAUUAAAAAGCAAACGUAAACAUGAUCACAAUGGCACGCACUGGACUAGAUGAACACCCUGUGACAUGGGUUGUCCCCCCCCCCCCACUUUGUAUUGUCUUCUUAGGCUUUACUGUAAAAACCACAGUGGAAACGAUGAGCGAGAUGAAGAGGACGAAGAGCGAGAGAGUAAAAGCCGUGAGAGGUCAAUAGCUGACCAUAGUGGAGUUUCGCAGCAGCUCAAUGGAAACUAG